AUGUGCCUGAAUUUGCUUUCCCCAACCACGAAUCCGCCCCGCAAACCGGGGCAGAUCGACACGCGGUUGAGAGAUCAUCUGCGCACAAUGAAUGAUCCCGCAGUGGCGCCGACCGGGCUCGCCGCUGCUCGGGGACCGCAUCCUUCGGAUGCCGGGUCUCGUCCCAGCAAAGAUCGACACAAGCGAGUUGGCAAUGGUGACGGCCCGGCCAAUCGGCGCCACUAA